AUGGGCGAGUCGCUGGCAUGGCGGGUGAAGACCUACCUGCAGUGGACCGGAUGGCUCCAGUACAUUCCGAACAUGGUCGCUGCAGUGGUCGUGGGAACGCUAGCCUUGUUGCUCCACUAUCUCGCGUUCGCUAGGAGCUCCCAGCUCCUCACUGCCCUGAGCAUCUUCCUUCUGUGCGUUCUGGCCUUUGAUCUUGUGACUGUCAAGCUGGGACUGCAUCCAGCGGAGCCGAUCCCGAAUCGCAGAGAUGAGUUGGAUGCCUUCGAUGUGAUGGUGCAGAGGCGCUCAUGCAGAUCAUUCCAGGCGGCUCGUGACCUCACGGCGCCCCACCUCAGCGAAAUCAUGGAGGCAGUGAAGACUUUCACCGAGCCGUCACAGCUCCUAGGCAAAGGGAAGAUCCGCUUCGAGUACGUCAAGGAGCCAUUGACGGUGUGGCCGGUGGUUGGAGCCCACGAAUUCCUCGUGGCCCUGGCGCCCAAAGAGUACGACCGAUUAGCCAUCCUGGAUGUGGGGAGGAGCCUGCAGAAGAUCGUCCUGCAGGCGACGCGCAUGGGCCUGGCUACCUGUUGGAUCGGCCCCGGCGCAGAUCACAAAAGUGUGAUCUCCAAGCUGGGGAGCCGCUACAACGAAGACAAGGACCACAUCAUCUGCGUCUGCGCUUUCGGGUAUUCCUCCUGGUACAUUCCCACGGCGAUCCAGCUGAUCAUGCAGACCAUGAGCAAAAGGCGCAUGCCACUGGGCAAGCUCUUCUUCGCAGACCCCGAGUUCCAGCAGCCUUUGGACACAAAGGCUUCUCCUUAUGAUCGCUUCGGCCGCUGUUAUGAGGCUUGCCGCUGGGGUCCUUCGUCCUUCAACGCGCAGCCUGUGCGCGUGUUGGGCGCGCAGGGAGGGCGCCGUUUCGAUUUCUAUGGAGCGAACAGCUCUCGCUACUACACGCCCGUGGCCGUAGGGAUAUGGCUGGCGAACUGGGAGACGGGUUGCCAAGCCCUUGGCCUGAAGGGGCACUUCGCCACGCUGCCGGGGGAGCAGGGGACGAAGUCGCUACAAAGCGAUGGGCCCGUGUACGACAUGAGCUGGAUGAGCGACGAGGUUUGA